AUGUCCAUGUUCGAAGAGGUUUGGCAAAUUGCUCCGCCAAAGCUGAUUAUCACCGUACACGGAGGAACAAAUAACUUCGAUCUUCAACCAAAGCUGGGAAGAGUUUUUCGUAAAGGCCUUCUGAGAGCUGCGACCACGACUGGUGCUUGGAUCAUAACCAGUGGGGUCGAUUGUGGUGUGGUAAGACAUGUAGCUGCAGCUUUCGAAGUGGUGUGUAUUGGAAUUUCACCAUGGGGAUUGCUCAAAAAGAGGGAUGAACUGAUUGGUGAGGACGUCUGUGUGCCAUACUAUCAUUCUCGUGAGUCGAAGACGACGACACAUUCACGCAGCGUUGAAAUACAUCGACCACUCAGUAUUCUUGUUGAAGUGGUUUUACGCAAACGGCUAGAGAAUUACAUUGCCCAGAAGCAAAAGAUCUCUGGUGGAUCACGAAGUGUGCCUGUUGUUUGUGUGGUUCUCGAGGGUGGCAGCUGUACCAUCAGAUCUGUGCUGGAUUAUGUCACAAAUGUUCCGCGAGUACCUGUGGUUGUUUGCGACGGCAGUGGUCGUGCGGCCGAUCUCCUAGCGUUUGCCCAUCAGACAGUUCGAGAAAACGGGUAA